UUGUUUUCGAGUUUCGUUGGUUUUGCAUCGCAGAAACUUUCAAUAUAGCUUUAUUUUUCUUAAUUUCCUUUGUGCGUUUCCUUUAUAAAUUAAAUCAAAGUGCAAAAUGAGAAUAGCGGUUGAAGGAUGUGCCCACGGCGAACUAGAAAACAUAUAUUCCACCAUAAGCGAGAUAGAACAAAAAGAAAACAUUAAAGUUGAUUUGCUGAUAUGCUGUGGAGACUUUCAAUCAUCACGAAACGAAGAUGAUUUAACUUGUAUGGCGGUACCACCUAAAUAUCGUCACAUUUGUACAUUUUACAAAUAUUACAACGGUGAGAAAAAAGCUCCAAUUUUAACCAUAUUUAUCGGUGGAAACCAUGAGGCUUCGAACUAUUUACAAGAACUACCGUACGGCGGUUGGGUAGCACCUAAUAUUUUUUAUUUAGGAUAUGCAGGCGUAAUUAAUAUUGCAGGACUUAGAAUAGGAGGUCUCUCUGGGAUUUAUAAAGGAAACGAUUACUUAAAGGGAAGAUUUGAAAAAUGUCCGUAUAAUGAAAGUACAAAACGAAGUGUUUACCAUGUUAGAAACUUGGAAGUGUUUCGUUUAAAACAAAUAUCACAACCGGUAGAUAUAUUUUUAUCACAUGAUUGGCCUGUUGGCAUCUAUAACCAUGGAAAUAUUGGACAGCUUUUAAAAAAGAAGCCUUUUUUUAAGGAUGAAGUAGAGUCAAAUCAACUGGGUAGUAGACCUUGUCAAGAGUUACUAAACCAUUUAAAACCAAAUUACUGGUUUUCAGCACAUUUACAUUGUAAAUUUGCCGCAUUGGUUCCUCAUGAAAAUGACAGUUUCACUAAAUUCCUGGCUCUAGACAAAUGUUUACCUCGUAGAAAGUUUCUUCAAAUUGUCAAUAUCGAACAUGAUGAAACACAGGGUGUUCAGAUAAAGUACGACUUAGAAUGGCUGGCGAUAUUGAGGCUAACCAAUCACUUGCUAAGUGUUAAAAGUACGGUUACGUAUAUGCCAGGUCCGGGAAGUACGGAGAGGUUUGAUUUCACACCGAGCGAAGAAGAGAAGAAUUUGGUGUUUCAGAAGUUGAACGGGAUAUUAAAAGUACCUAAAAAUUUCGUGCAGACUGCUCAAGGGUACUCGGUAGGAAAUAAAACCCAUUCUAGACAACCUAGCAUAAAGUUAAACCCACAAACUGUGGAAUUGUGUAAAAUAUUGGGUAUAGAUGAUCCAAUUUGCUUGAUUUCUGAAAGUGCCGGUCUAAAUUUAAGUCUGGACUCCAGUUUUAAAGAUUCUAAAUCUUUUAUUAGUGAUUCUGACAAUUCGUGUUCGGAUAGUGAAUCGAAAUUAAACGAGUCCGAUAAUUCUUCAAUACAGGAGAAAAUUAAAGAGUUAAAAUUGCCCGAACCGAAAUUUAAUCAAGAAAAAUCGAGUGAGAAUGAAAUAGAUGAUAAAAAUGAUGGUUUAAAAGUUUGUGAAGAGUCUCCAGAAAAAUUGUCACCAAAAAGGGUGUUGGAUAGUGAAGAAAAUGAAGUUAGUGAAGAAAAAUCGGUGAUAAAAGAUGAUAAUACCCCAAAAAAGUUCAAAAGAAGAAAUGCAGAGAUUUACAACAGUGAAGAAAUCAAAAGCUGAUGAUUAUUUUUAAGUUAUUUUUUAAAAAAAUAGGAAAAAAGUUUAGUUUCCUUAUGCAAUAUUAAUAAAAUUACCCUUAAGGAGGGUAUUAAACUUUAAUUAAAAGAAAAUUGAAUGUACAUAAAAUUAAUUAUGGAUUGACUUUUUAUCUCGAUAUAUUUUUGAAAGAAA